ACCAUGGCACCCGUGAAAAAGCCUGUGGCGAAGGGGGGCAAAAAAAAGAAGCAAGUUCGAAAGUUUAUCCUUGACUGCACCCACCCUGUAGAAGAUGGAAUCAUGGAUGAUGCCAAUUUUGAGCAGUUUCUUCAAGAGAGAAUCGAAGUGAAUGGAAAAGCUGGGACUCUCGGUGGAGGGGUUGUAACAAUUGAAAGGAGCAAAAGCAAGAUUACUGUAACUUCUGAGGUGCCUUUUUCCAAAAGGUAUUUGAAAUAUCUCACCAAAAAAUAUUUGAAGAAGAAUAAUCUCCGUGACUGGUUGCGCAUAGUUGCUAACAGCAAAGACAGUUAGGAGUUGCGUUACUUCCAGAUUAACCAAGAUGAGGAAGAGGAGGAAGAUGAGGAUUAAAACUCAUUUAUCUGGAAUAUUUUGUAUGAGUUCUUAAAUAAAACUUGGGAACCAAAAAAAAAAAAAA